CAGACAGGUGAAUCUAUCGACGGUGGACAUUCUUGACUCGAUUACAACGCACUCAACGGUACAAGUUUGUUUUAAAAUGGCGGCGGAAGCGUCAAAACAGCUGCGUUGAGGCGAACCGGAGGUAGGGCGGUGCAGCAGCAGUCACAGCAUCAUCAUGCACCGCUCCAGCCGGCGGCUACCUGCCACUCACCUGUAGCAUCAACCGGCAACAUGGCGAACACGAGCCACUGUACCCAGGACCGCAGAGACAGCCGCUGUGGUGCGUCUGGAGAGGCCAUAGUGGAAAAUGGCUGUGUAGUGACAGACCUGACUCCCUCUGACCUGCACGAUCAUACCAGCCACCACGGCCAUGAAGCCAGCAUGAACCCCUACAGCCAGCCCGUUCUGCCCAGCUACAAGCCCUCCUGCUCCUCUACCCCCAUCUACUACUGCAGCCCCCAGAAGAGCUACUCCGACCUGAACCAGGACAGCAGCAGCUUGACGUCCCAGGACUCGGGCAUCCCGACUCUGGAGAUCAACCCUCCGGAGCCCAUCCUCCACGGCCACCAACGCCCAGGCGACAGAGGCCUCGUCCCGGACUCCAGUCACUACUCUCCUGCCACUUUAACUCUGGAUGAAGAUCCCUCUGAUGGCAACGCCAUCCGCAAGUCCUCCACUUUCCCUCGCAGCGGGUACGACUCCAUACGCCUCUUCAGCCCCACCCUCAGAUUAUCUGCUACCACGGGGAUGGGUCUUGGGGGCGGAGCUUUAAACCGCAGCGAUGACAUCUCUGUGUGCAGCGUGUCCAGCAUGAGCACCGAGCUGUCGGCCUCCAACGAAGACAUCUUGGAUUUCACGGUCACGUCGAACUCCAGCGCCAUUGUGAACUUGGAGACAGAUGACAGUGGCGGCACUCAUUUCUCAGACGUGACGUUGUCAUCUUCGUCGUCGCCGGGAAACCCCAGACACUCCUGGAGUCCGGGGUCUGGUGACACGCAACAGGAAGAGGAUGGCAGGCAAAAGAAGCUGGGACCUCUAGCAAUUUUAUUCAACAGGAGCCUGUUUGCCAGGAGGGUGAAGGACAGUCGGCCAGUGGAGCAGAGGGAUCCAGGCUGGAAGCUGUUUGGGAAAGUCCCACUGCGAGAAGGCCCCAUUAAGGACCCUAAGAGAAUACAGAAGGAAUAUGAAACAAAGAGUGGCAGAGCUGGACCUGGCAACCCGACGUCUCCCAGGCACAGUGUGAGGAAGAACUUGGACUUUGAGCCCCUCUCCACCACCGCACUUAUACUGGAGGACAGGCCUGCCAAUCUGCCCGCCAAGCCAGCCGAGGAGGCACAGAAACACAGACAGCAGUAUGAAGAGAUGGUGGCCCAGGCCAAGAAGAGAGAGUUGAAGGAGGCUCAGAAGAGAAAGAAGCAGCUGGAGGAUCGGUGUAAGCUUGAGGAAAGCAUUGGCACAGCCGCCCAGAUCUGGAACCAAGAGAUCUUACCUAACUGGAGUACAACGUGUACAUCUCGACGAGUGAGAGACCUCUGGUGGCAGGGCAUCCCCCCCAGUGUGAGAGGCAAAGUGUGGAGCCUGGCUGUGGGCAACGAGCUUAACAUCACACACGAGCUGUACAGCAUCUGUCUGGCCCGGGCUAAAGAGAAGUGGAGGACCACGCCAGCACCUUCCUUAGAGACUGAAGCGGAAGAUGCUGGUUCAUCAAACCGGGAGUCGAGCCUGGAGCUGAUCAAGCUGGACAUUUCCAGAACCUUCCCCCAACUGUGUAUCUUCCAGCAGGGCGGGCCGUAUCAUGAUGUGCUGCACAGCAUUCUGGGAGCAUACACUUGUUACCGGCCAGAUGUUGGCUACGUGCAGGGAAUGUCGUUCAUCGCAGCAGUGUUGAUUCUGAACCUGGACACGGCUGAUGCCUUCAUAGCUUUUGCCAACCUGCUCAACAAGCCAUGUCAGAUGGCCUUCUUCAGAGUUGACCACAGCCUUAUGUUAACUUACUUUGCUGCAUUUGAAGUAUUCUUUGAAGAAAACCUACCAAAGCUCUUUGCACAUUUCCAGAAAAACAACUUGACCCCCGAUAUUUAUUUAAUCGACUGGAUCUUCACCCUGUACAGUAAGUCUCUACCGUUGGACCUGGCCUGCCGGGUGUGGGACGUGUUCUGCAGAGACAACGAGGAGUUUCUGUUCCGCACGGGCCUGGGCCUGCUGCGCCUCUACCAGGAUGUCCUGACCACCAUGGACUUCAUCCACAUGGCUCAGUUCCUCACCCGCCUGCCCGACCUCAUCCCCGCCGAGCAGCUCUUCCAGCACAUCGCCGCCAUCCACAUGACCAGCCGCAACAGGAAGUGGGCGCAGGUCCUGCAGGCGUUACAGAAAGAUCCGGAGCGAGGCAGCCCGGUGCUGAAGCACUGAGCUGAGAUCAGAGGAAAACCGUAACACAUUACCAGACUGGGGCAGUGACCCCUCCAGCCUCGGGGGCAGACCCAUGGACCUGAGAAAGACGUUUCACUUUGACGGGACAUAUCAGGUCUUUGCUGCUGUGAUAAACCUCUUCCCCAGAGCCGUGUCACUGAUUUAACUGGAACCAGCACCCCGGACGGACGGACGGACGGACAGGGGGGGAGGAGAGAGGAGGAGAUGUAAAGGAAUACGAGGCCUUAUUUAACUCCCACCACCUGUCCCCUACUCAGAGGCCCAGCACUGGAUUGGAAAGUGUAGCUGGCAGAGGCUGAAGAAUGUAUCAUACACUCCCACACACGGACUCACGGGAACCACAGAGAUACCAAUUACUACUCAAAUCCUCAACUAAGAUUUGAAAUUCUCUGCUGUCAACACUCUUUCUAGCUACAGUUCUGCUUGUCUCUUUCUUUAAAUGUGGCUAUUUCUAUG